AUGUCGACUUUUGGCGAAUACUUCCGUGUAACCACCUAUGGCGAGUCGCAUUGCCGCUCCGUCGGCUGCAUUGUCGAUGGGUGCCCGCCAGGCAUGGAACUCACCGAGGACGACAUCCAGCCCCAGAUGACGCGCCGCCGACCGGGACAGAGUGCCAUUACGACCCCGCGUAACGAGAAGGACCGGGUGCUGAUCCAGAGCGGGACCGAGUUUGGUGUUACCCUCGGGACACCCAUUGGCAUGAUGGUGAUGAACGAGGACCAGCGGCCAAAGGAUUAUGGCAACAAGACCAUGGACAUCUACCCGCGACCCAGCCACGCCGACUGGACCUAUCUCGAGAAGUAUGGUGUCAAGGCGAGCAGCGGUGGUGGAAGGAGUAGCGCGCGCGAGACCAUCGGCCGUGUCGCCGCCGGUACCAUUGCCGAGAAAUAUCUGAGGCUAGCCUACGGCAUCGAGAUUGUCGCCUUCACGAGCUCCGUCGGCAACGUCCACCUGUUCCCGCCCACACCCGAACACCCCAGCCCGAGCACCAACCCGAAAUUCCUCUCCCUCUUGCAGACCAUUGACCGCAAGGGCGUCGACAGCUUCCUCCCCGUCCGCUGCCCGGAUGAGACCAUCACCAAGAAGAUGGAGGCGACCAUUGCCGACUUCAGGGACCGCGAGGACAGCAUCGGCGGCACUGUCACCUGUGUCAUCCGCAAUGCGCCGAGCGGGCUGGGUGAGCCCUGCUUCGACAAGCUCGAGGCCAAGCUGGCGCAUGCCAUGCUCAGCAUCCCAGCGACCAAGGGCUUCGAGAUCGGGUCUGGCUUCGGCGGUUGCGAGGUGCCGGGAUCGACUCACAACGACCCCUUUAUCUCGACCGCGGAUGUCGAGGUUCCGUCGAGCGUAGCCGAGAGCGGAGCCGUUAAGUCAGGCGUCGCGCGGCCCAAGCUCACGACCAAGACCAACUACUCGGGCGGCAUCCAGGGCGGCAUCUCGAACGGCGCACCCAUCUACUUCCGGAUCGCCUUCAAGCCCCCUGCCACCAUUGGCCAGGAGCAAAGGACUGCGACGUACGAUGGUGCGUCUGAGGGUGUCCUGGCGGCCAAGGGGCGUCACGACCCCUGCGUGGUGCCGCGGGCCGUUCCCAUCGUGGAGGCCAUGGCGGCGCUCGUGCUGAUGGACGCGGUGCUCGCACAGCAGGCGAGGCACACUGCCAAGAGCCUGCUGCCGCCGCUGCAGCAGACGGUUAAUUCCGGCAAGCCGUCUGGGAAUGGCGUGACAGAGACCGAGAUGAGUGGUCAAUAG